AUGGAUGCCCCAAGGAGUUGGAUGUAUGCCAGGAAGUUGGAAGAUGGACUACUGAACCCAGAGUUUGUUAAAGGGUUGGAAGCAUUCAUCAAGUUUGCUUGUAGUAAGCCGAAAUUUAUGGAUGGGAGUAAAAUUAGAUGUCCAUGUAAAAAGUGCAUAAAUCGAAAGUACUUACCUGUGGAUGAUGUCCAGUUGCAUCUGUUAAGAUGGGGGUUUAGACCGAAUUAUCAUGAAUGGACUGCACAUGGUGAAUCUAUGAUUUCUUCAAAACCAACUAUUGAGUUGACUGUUCCAAUUGCAGAAGUUUCCCAUGGUGACAAUAAUCCAUAUUGUAAUAUGGUGUAUGAUGCUGUCGAUGCCCAAUUUCAACAUAUGGCUUCAGAUGAUCCAUCUCCGAAUAUUGAAUUUGAGAAUAUGAAAGAAUCGCCUAAUUCAGAAGCACAAAAAUUUUAUGACAUGCUAAAUGCAGCCGAAGAGGAAUUGUGGCCUGGUUGUGACAGGCAUUCACAACUGUCAGCCGUAGCUCGGAUGUUGAAUAUUAAGUCAGAGUAUCAUUUGUCUGAGAAAUGCUACAAUGCAGUUGUGAAUUUCAUUAGGGAAGUAUUACCGGAUGAUAAUAAAUUUGUUGAUAGUUUUUACAAGACAAAGAAACUCAUACGUGGGUUAGGUCUACCUGUUGAGAAAAUUGAUUGCUGCAAGCUUGGUUGCAUGAUUUAUUGGGGGGAAGAUAGUAGUUUAACAGAAUGUAAGUUUUGUGGGCAGGCAAGAUACAAGUCUCGAAGUGGGUUAAAAAAGGCAAAAGUAGCAUGUAAGAGAAUGUAUUAUUUUCCUCUUACACCAAGACUUUAG